AUCAGGUCAUCGGCUUCCAUCUACAAAGCGAGACUGCAUUUAGUUGAAUUAUGUAUUAAAUUUUACUAAAUAGAGAAGUUUAUAGCCUUAAAGGGCUUGAUAGAUAUUAAACACAUUAGCAUGUGGAUCCGGCCGAAAUUGUAUAAGAAGAGGACCACCAAAAACGAGGAAAACGAGCAGGAGGAGACUGCAUACGUCAAAAAGGAGGAUUAUAUGAAGUGCGGGAGGACAAAAUCGCUACUCACCAAUAGCAUCACCAUAUCACCAAGGAGAAAUCAGCUAGCCUACUCGAUGCCGAUCCCCCAGAACCGCCAGGAACUGCUCCAGAGCAUCGGUCGGGAUCGAGAGGUUCUGGGAGCCUACUUCCAAAAACUGUCCUCGCAGCGAGAGACAUCCACUUCGCCUGAUGCAGCACCACCUAAUCCUCCUGCUCCCCAGAGAAACAGCUACGACCUCUUCUUUGAAAGCGCCUGCAUCAGUGUCAAAGGCUUGCCACCGAAACUGGCCGCUGAAGCCAAGAGCCGCAUCUCCCAGAUCAUCACUGAGUUCGAGAUUCGCGCCAUCUCGGAAAUGGAAGCCCAGCAGGAGCGCCAAAUGCAGACGCAACCCAGGGUGGAUGGUGCAACUGGGAUCGUCUACGAGUUUCGUCCAUGCUCGUAAAGUAGGUUGGGUGUUUGCCUUAACUCAUCUCAUACAGUCACUUCACAUUUGGACGUCAUCUUACUCUGGACUAUCAAAAUUCACAAUAAAAUUUAAAGCGUUCUACAUUUAGUAAACA